UGAAAAACUCCCCUCACUCUUUUCCCAACUCCUUUUCUUUCUCUCCCUCUCUCUUUCCUUUCCAUUAAAACCACCUACUUUCUCUCUCCUCUUUCUCUCUCCCCCUCUACAAAAAUUCAGCACAUCCGUGGGCAGUUUCACAGAAACAAAAAAAUAAAAAUAAAUUAAAAAAGCUUACCUCAACUGAAACUGGAUAAAACUCCACACCUGCGCAAUUUAUGGGCUUUACUCAUUAACCCACCAACCAUUUUUUAAUACUUCAUCCAAAAUUUAUUUUAUUUAAUUUAAAAAAAUAUAUGAAAAUGAGUGUUUAUUUCUUUAUUGGGAUCAGGAAAACUAAAUUCUGCUGCAACUGAUCAACAACAACAGCAGCAGCAGUUAACAGCAGCAGAUUCACUAUCAGUAGUGUGAUUAGUAGCAGAAUUAAGCUCUUAAAAUCUGUAAUCACAUGGGUUUUGCAUGUGGAUUUUGGUGGUCCCUUUUUAUUCUUUGAUCUUCAUUUCUUUUGAUUAUUAAAGUUUUCAUCUUUUAAGCAAGUUACCCAUUCAUUUUUUUUUUCUGGGUUUGUUCUGCUGGGUUUUAGUCUUCCUACUUUGUCUGUUUCUUUGAGUUUGUUGCUCACAGAUCCAAAGUUUUGAUCUUUCAAGGAAAAAGUUUGGAUCUUUAUCAAAAAGAUCAUAUUUUUUAGGGUGUUCAAAACUUCUCCAAUUUCCCAAUAUUGAGGUAAUGCUGAGGAAAAGAACAAGACAAGUGACAAGUACACAAGGGAUAAUUAGUGAUCAUAGCAAUAGUUCAUGGAUUCCACCUGAGAAAUCCACAAAACCCACUUCAUUUUUCUUAAAUUCUCCUAGAUUUUUCAAGAGUUUGUUCUCUUCUUCUUCAUCUUCUUCGAAUUCACCUUCACCUUCACCUUCAUCUAGCUUGAAUGAUCCAAUAAUGAGUCCAACUUCAAUACUUGACAGUAAAGCAUUCUCUGCUUUAGCCAACUCUUUCUGGGUUGUUGACAACAACACCAACAACAACAACAACAGCAACAAAAACUCAAAAACUUUCUCAUGGGAACAACCCAACAACACAAAGGGGAUUGGCCUUGCUUUAAUUGAUGAAAACAGUUCUGAAUCCAACAACAACAACAACAUCACCACCAACAACAACAGCAACAUGAACAACACAGCAACAUCCAAACAACAGAAAAGAAAACUAGUAGUGUUUGGUUCACAACUCAGAAUCCAAGUACCUCCUUUACCACCUUCCUCUGUUUUCCCCUGUUUUUCCCCUGAAUCACCAAGAGAGUUUGGGAUUAAAACUCCAAGAAACAGUUUAUGGCCGUUUGGAAACAAGGAUUCCCAAGUUCACCCCCAUGAAUCCCCCGGAAACGGGAAAGGGAAUGGGAAUGGAAAUGAUAAUAACCUUUCUUUGAGUGACAUGGAGUUAUCUGAGGAUUACACCUGUGUAAUCUCUCAUGGUCCAAACCCUAAAACAACUCAUAUAUUUGGGAAUUGCAUUGUUCAAAGCUGUUGUGGUGUUGUUGGGUCUUCUUCGUUUUCAUCAAGGAGAAAUGGGUAUUUGUCCAAAUUUGGAAACUCCAUUUCUUCACCUGAGAAUUUCCUUAGUUUUUGCCACCAUUGCAAGAAGAAGCUUGGUGAAGGAAGUGACAUUUACAUGUACAGAGGAGAAAAGGCCUUUUGCAGUCAAGAAUGCCGCUGCCAAGAAAUGCUUUUUGAUGAAAUGGAGAACUAGAAGAGUUUUGUUCUCAGAGAAUUUCAAACCAGAAUUAGCUACCUAAAAAUCGAAAAUCCCCCCAAAUUUUUCCUACUAUUUUGAUUAUAAUAACCUAAUUGGAACCCCCUUUUUUUUUAAUUUUAAUUUUAUUAUCAAUUUCCCUUUCUUUACUCAAUGUUGGUUUAGUCUCUAAGAAGUUUUGUCCAACAAUGUAUGUGAGGUAAAUUAAAAAUGUAGAGUUUAUUUCUAAUGAAAAUGAUGACCUAAGUUUUGAUUCUCUCA